AUGAUCGGCGAGAAGGAGUUGGGAAACUGCAAGGACACUACGGCUGGUGUUCAAGCAACAACAAAGGCGUACAACAUUUGCGACGAUGUUGACGACUCGGCGUCGCGGACUCACGAUGUCAUUGUAGCAACACUGAUCCUCCCAACGGGGACAGGACAUCUUGCUGCCCCGACGUUAACAAAAGGCACUGGCAGUGCCGCGCUUUCAACCGUGACGAAAUCUGCGGCUCCUGCCUCCACCACUGCUACAGCUUCGCCAAGCACGACAACGACGACAUCAAGUUCAAGCCUUACCUCCACGACUAGUACUGAGUCCAGCUCGGCUAGUACUGAGUCCAGCUCGGCUCAAACCUCAACCUUGAGCACACGUCCGAGCUCCGUUCCAAGCGUGGAGCCCACUGCUUCCAGCACAACAACGCCAGUCACAUCAGGCACACCAGGCACAUCUGCUCCGGCUGGGGCGCCCGCUGAAAAGGAAUCACCGCAACUCACCAGCGCCCAGGUUGCCGGGAUCACGAUAGGCUGUGUGGCGGUUGUGGCUCUGGGUGCAGGGCUUGUACUCUUGGCCAAAUGUGUGCGCCGCAAGAGGAUGGGCUCUGGAGAUCCGGAGAAGGGAUUCAGCAGAAUGAGGGACUCGUUCAAGAGUUUUGGUCGCAGAAGCAUCACCGGUCCUGAUUUGCUGGGCAUCAGCUACCCGAUCCAGAGGAUUCCUUCGCAACAGGGUACACCUACGUUUAGGCCCACGAAAGCACCAAGGGCUGACGGUGUUGGUUUAGCGACCCUUCCCGGAUCCGCUUCGGCGUCAAACUCUCCCAGGCCUACAGUCACUAGAGCUACCGCGGGCGCCGCCCCUAUUCUGCCCAUGCCUGCCUUGCCGCCAGCCAUGGUAAUCACUCCAGCUUCCCGGACCCAGGAUCCACUUGGCAAGAAGGAAACGCCAAAGCCGAACCUGACUUUGGCUAUUCCAAAGAACCCACCAAUGUCCGCUGUUGUCCCAGCUGCUGUCCCCAGGGCUGCUCCCGCUCCAGCUCCCAACGCUGCUCCUUUGACCGGAAGAGACAGUGUUAUUACUGAGUUCGCAGAGGAUGGCGAGGGAGAUUAUAGGUCGGGUACUGCCAUUUGGCGUCCGCCGCCAAGUGAUCCACAAUCGGCAACCACCUACUACUUUGCUGAUAAGAAGGGCAACUGGGUCCUUAGGCACUCAACUGUAGGUGCGGGUACGAAGACCCAAGCGCCGCCAUACCCAACUUCUUCUGUCGAGUUACCAGGCCCACAGGACAAGACGAAGGCCGAAAGGGCGUACAUGCCCUACACUCCCGGCAUGGUCGUGCCUGCCCUUAGAGUCUCCUCCCGGGAACGGGAGCAGGGUGCCUUUGUGGAAUCACCGGUUGCAAUGAGAGAUGAUGCUCACCCUAGGGACAACGUGGCUUCCAGUAUCUACUCUGAUUACAACGCUCCUCUGACCGUUGUACCUGGCCCGGAGAACCCCAUGCCCGCUGUCCCUUCGGCAGUGUUCUCUGAAAACAAUACCGGGAGGAACUUGACGGGCACCAAAAUCAAGCGCAAGUCAGUCAAGAGAACAAGCCGGCAACGUCGGAUGUCCCAGGACUCUGCCACGGAGAUCGAGUCAGGAGAUGAAGAAGAAGACAGCCAAGAUCUUUCGCCCGUGGCGGAAUCGCCUUGCUCGCCGAGCCCUCUUUCUCGCGGAAAGUCGCCGGUGUCAUACCCCAAGAUUCACAAGCAGGGAGAGAAUGUGAACGAGGGCCUGCAACAACUUCGCGAUGCUCAAGAGGCUCUACGUGGUGCUGGUGGCUCGACCGGUCCCGAACCUCCCAGGCGCAACUCCAAGCGUAUGUCAACGCAGCGAGGACAAGGGCAAGCCCAAGGACAGGGACGCUUCCCCAUCAGGAUCGUGACUCCCGAGGAGCGAGACAACGAGGGAAUGCGCAUUGGUGCGGUUCCUCAUGGGACGCCUCAGCUGACCGUUGGGAUGUCGAGGCCCAUGAAUGCCCCUGUUGUUAACCCAAACAGGAACAAGAAUCCUGGACAGAUGAGAACCGGGUCACCUGAGGGGCGCUUCCCGAUUGCUGUGCCGGUUGAGCACCAGCAACGCCAGCAACGCCAGCAGUCCCAAAGGAGACAGAGUUCUAUAGCCACUGGCCCCAAUUGCUAUUGGAAUCAGCAAAAACAGUCGCAAGGACAGGGAGAAGGGUCUGCCUACUACUACCGUGCCCCAUCGCCACGCCAGUGGGAGCAACAGCAACGCCAGUUGCAACAAGCCCAGCGAACGCAACAGCAGCAGCAGCAGCAACAACAACAUCAACAAUUUUCCUACUACCGACCUUCUCAAGGGCAUUAUGAUGCUCAAAUGCAGCAGCAGCAGCGUCAAUACAGACCUCAACAGCCACCCAUGCCUCAACAAUCAUGGCCGAUCUUUGCCCAGCCAGCUCAACCAGAGCAUCAGUCUCAACACCAACACACAAGAACCAACAGCUCCUCUCUGCUCACCAAGCGUCUCGGCGCCGAAAAGGCCGCGGCACUCGCCCUCAACCCCAACCCCAACAGCAGCUCGAACAAGAGCAUCGGCAGACCUGCAAAGGGAUGGGCUAGAGAUGGCCAACAACAGCAGCAACAACAACAGCAGACUGGACCCCAGCAGGCUCGCCAACAGCAGCAACAACACGGGCAAGAAGGCCAAGCGCUGAAAGGGGGCAAAAACAACUCUCAAGGCCUUUACGGUGACGACGCAAACACGAAUGAGUGGUACGUGGACUUGCCGCCGCCGCCGAUUACGCCCGGUUGGGUGCCGGAGUUGACGCCGACGAGGAGGGGAGAUGAUUUAUUUUUGAAUGUACAGUGA